CGCCAUGGCGGACGCUGACAACAGCAACAACCCGCUGCUCGCCGACUACGACUUCCCGCCCUUCGACCGCGUCGAACCCUCCCACGUCCGCCCUGGGAUCCGCGCGCUACUCGCCCGCCUCGAGGGCGAGCUGGAGGAGCUCGAGAAGGGCAUGGAGCCGGCGUGGGAGCGCCUCGUCCACCCGCUCGAGUGCAUCGUCGACAGGCUCGACGUCGUACGAAACGUCGUCGACCACCUCAAGGCCGUCAAGGACUCGCCCGACCUCUGCGCCGCCGUCGAGGACGUCCAGGCACGUUCAUUUCAUCCAGCAUCCCCCCUCUCCCUCCCUCUUCUUCCAUGAUCUGGACCGACGGAACC